GUUAUAUUAUCUUUUGUUAUGUGAUUUAGAGAUAUUAUAUCUGAAGGUACAUUUUUAGGUAAUCAUACAUUAGCUGUACAAAAAGGAAUUAAUCUAGGUGUAAUACUUUUUAUAGUAUCUGAAGCUUUAUUUUUCCUUGCUAUAUUCUGAGCUUUCUUUCAUAGCGCUUUAUCACCUACAGUUGAAUUAGGAGCCCAAUGACCACCUAUGGGUAUAGAAGCUAUAAAUCCUUUUGAAUUACCUUUACUUAAUACAGUUAUAUUAUUAUCUAGUGGUGCAACAGUAACUUAUGCUCACCAUGCCUUAAUUAAAGGAGAUAGAGGGGGAGCUUUAUACGGUUCUAUUGCUACAGUUAUAUUAGCUGUUAUUUUUACAAUAUUCCAAGGAGUAGAAUAUAGUGUAUCAUCUUUUACUAUAAGUGAUGGUGCAUAUGGUACAUGUUUUUACUUUGGGACAGGUUUCCACGGAUUCCACGUUAUAAUAGGUACAAUAUUCUUGGCUGUAGGUUUAUGAAGAAUUUAUGCAUACCAUUUAACAGACAAUCAUC